AUGUUUUACUUGCUCAGUCCUUAUCUGAAUUACUUCUUGAGCCAUCUUGUUAUAGUUCUGCGGUUAAGGUUUUCCCGUUGGCGUGAUGCUAUGGCUGAUGAGUUUAAUGCUCUUCUAGCUAAUCAUACCUGGUCUCUUGUUCCUCGUCCUCCAAAUAUCAAUGUAGUUGGUUGUAAAUGGGUAUAUCGGGUUAAGUUUGAUGGAUCUAUUGAUCGAUGUAAGGCUCGUUUAGUAGAUAAGGGAUAUACACAGUCUUAUGGUGUGGACUAUGGUAAGACAUUCAGUCUGGUGAUUCGUCCUGCUACUGUUAGACUGGUUCUUUCUAUUGCCUUAUCUCGUGGAUGGCUUCAUAAGGCUCUCUAUGGUCUUAAGCAAGCUCCUUGGCUUGGUUUGCUCGCUUUGGCCACUUUCUCAUCUCUCAUGGAUUUUCUAAUAGUCGAGCCGAUAGCCCCUUAUUUGUUUAUAAAUCUGGAGAACGAUACUUUUUUCACUCCAGUUGACAGCUCCCUUUAUCGCAGUUUGGUUGGUGCUUUGCAAUAUCUAACAUUAACGCAUCCAGAUAUUUCUUAUGUUGUUAAUAGUGUCAGUCAACAUAUGCAGUCCCCUCAACCGCAUCAUUUUUCAGCAGUCAAACGCAUUUUAAGGUAUGUUGCUGGUACAUUGCAUCACAUACUUUUGCUACCUCCUUUAAAUGCUAUCUUAAUGCUGAUUGGGCUAGUUGUCAUGAUACCCGAUGCUCUACCUCUGGAUAAGGGUGGCAUGUGGGUCGAGCCCGGUCCUAAAUGGGCUUCACGGGCUCGAUCCUAA